CGCUGAAAUGCUGUUGGUUUGCGACACACAGAAGAAACCGAUGUUGGAGACGCACACAGGGAAAUUGAGCUCGCCGCCUGAUAUUCUCUUUUAGCAGUUCUGAUAUAAUGUCGACAUUUUAAGCUGACGGAUAUAUUGCCUGUCGAAACCUCUGAUUUCCUCAGUCACAUCAGGGACACGUGAAAUCAGCAGCUUUUUCAGUUCGCCCGGACACGAGGGGAAACACGUGUGACGUGUACAGCCGAGCUCAGCCAUGGCUCCUGAUGAAGAGGAGCUUUCCAUUAAUGAGCAAGCCAUCAGUGCCAGUGAGGAUGAGGAGGGCAGUGAUGAUGAGCGAAAACACAAGAAGCUGCUGGAAGCCAUCGGUUCUAUGGGUGGAAGAAAGAGGAAAAAGCAGAAUGAGCGUUCUGAAGCAAGCGUGCAGGUCUCCGAGUACUUCGUCAAUGCAGAGGGCACAGGAGACAAAGUCAACCUCUCUGACCUCCUGGGAACUGUGGAGAAGACCUCAGGAGCCUCCAACAAGACCAAGAAACAGCUGAGGAACCUGCAAAGCAGUAAAGAGACUUUGGAGCUGCCUCUCAACAAGCAGCAAACGGAGAAGAUUCAGAGAGGCAUAGCGUAUGAGAAGACCACUGCAGAGGUGUCAUGCUGGAAGAACAUCAUAUUGCAGAACCAGAAGGCCGAACAAAUGGUGUUUCCUCUGAACCAGGAGUCCUCGGGCCCGAAGCGUGUGGAGCAGGUUGUGGCUGGAUGGAAGGUUCAAACUCCUCUUGAACAAGAGAUCUUCAGACUCCUGCACGGCAGCAGGCAGCCCGUCAAUGACCCCGUGUUGACCCCUGUAGAGGAGCAGUCACUUAAAGCCAUGAGCUUGGAGGAGGCUAAGAUUCGUCGCGCUGAGCUUCAAAAGGCCAGAGCGCUCCAGUCGUACUAUGAGGCAAAAGCCAAAAGAGAAAAGAAAAUCAAGAGCAAGAAGUACCACAAGGUUCAGAAUAAAGCCAAGCGUAAGGAUUUCCUGAAGCAGUUUGAUGAAAUGGUCAAGACGAAUCCUGAAGGAGCGCUGGAAGAGCUAAAAAAGAUGGAGCUGUCCAGGAUGGAGGAGAGGAUGUCUCUGAAGCAUCAGAACAGUGGCAAGUGGGCAAAAUCAAAGGCCAUCAUGGCUAAAUAUGAUGAUUCGGCACGCAAAGCAAUGCAGGAGCAGCUGCAGAUGAAUAAAGAUCUUACCCAGAAGAUGGUGGUGCCCUCUGAUGACGAACAUGAGAGUAUCGAGGAAGGCUUGGAGACGGUUCCUGAUUUUGUGAACGACCCCGAGACGGUCAUUGACCCUGUCAACCCCUGGAUGAGAGGCCAGCUUACACACGAAGAGCCUGAGGUCAGCUGUGUCACAGCCGAGGAGGUGCAAACCGCAGAAGAGGAGAACGAGGAAGAGGAAAUCAUUGGAGAAUUUGAGAGGAAGAGGAAGCUGAGGCAAGCUGAUGAAGAGGACUUGAUUCCUACAGAAGAAGAGCAACCUGCGAGCGAGGUGGUUGAAGAAGAUGUGGUUGAGGUUUCUGACAAAGAGGAGGAGGAUGAGGAUGAAGAAGAGGACGUUUCUGAGUUUAACACCCUUUUCAGGCUCAUGAGGAGUGAGAAGACGCGUGAGGGUUCAAAUCAGACACGAGGAGGGUUGAACACAGCCGGGGAAGAAGAUGAAGAGGGGCUUUUGAGCGAAGGACAGAUUCGAGUCAGGAGUAUAGAAGACCUGGAGGUUUUAGACGAGGUCGUCGAGCCCCGAGCCAUCGAGGAGCCGUCAGCGCCACAAACCGCCGCAGCGGAGGCCACUUCUGAGCCACCUCAUAAAAAGAAAAGGGAAAUCAACCUCAAAGAAGUACUCACCAAAGAAGCCAAAGCCGUCAGACUUCCCUUUUUGCCCACAGUGGUUGAUGAGGAAGAGCGUGAUGAGCAGAUCUCCAUCAUCAAGGAGGCGUUUGCUGGGGAUGAUGUCAUUUCUGAUUUCAUAAAGGACAAAAGCAGACAGGAAGCUGCGGGGAGGCCUGCGGUGGUGGACCUGACUCUGCCGGGCUGGGGAGAAUGGGGAGGAGUCGGCCUCAAACCCCCGCGCUGGAAACGCAAAAGAUUUAGGAUAAAAACGGCCCCACCUCCUCCACGGCAAGACCAGAAACUGCCUGAUGUCAUCAUAUCAGAGAAAAGAACUGCAUCAGUCGCUUCUCACCAGGUGAGUCAGCUGCCGUUCCCCUUUCAAAACACUGCACAGUUUGAAUCCUCCAUCCGUACUCCUAUCGGGUCGACGUGGAACACACAGACUGUCGUGAAGAACAUGACAAAACCCAAAGUUGUCACUAAACUGGGUGCGAUCAUUGAGCCUAUGGUCAAAGAGGACUUCAUAAAGAGUAAGACCACAGCAGCAGGGGGUAAAGGAGCAGCCAUCAUGCUGGGAGAAAACAGACGGGCAAAAGAGGGCACGAAGCGGUCAGCAGAGAAGCAUCGAGGAAGAAGAUCACAGAAGAGGAAAAAGUAACCGAAAGAUCGUGUGGCUUCAGUCACUGCAUAAAUAGAUUUCAUUUGUGAGGUGAAGUGUUUCAGGAAGAUAUCUCUCUAAUAAAUUACCAAAUUAACUUUUUGUAAUUCUUUUCAUGUCCUCAUACAUCAGUUUGUAUAUUUAAUUGAUGUGAGUAAUAGAUGAGCUUGCUUUCUUAAAUGAAGACCUUGUUUUUCUGUCCAACUGCCCUAAAAAAAUAAAUUUUAUAAUCUUUUUUUUGUUGCAAA